AUGGGAAAGAUGAGUUUCCCUAAAAGGAAGCAGGAAGAAUGGGCAGGAGAGAGGAGAGUCUGUGCAGGAGCCUGGGAUGUGUGGCAGAGCUGGGUCUGGAACUCAGCCCUGAGGGCUCUGCAGCCGGGAGUUGGCGACAUCCGACAUCGCUGCGGGAAGCCAGACGCUAUGCCCGGGACGGUGGAGAUCAAGGACCUGGCGCAGCUGCGGCAGCUCAACCUGGAGCUGCUGAGGCAGCUGUGGGCCAGGCAGGAUGCCAUGCGGCGGUCGGUGGCCAAGGCGGCCUCAGAGUCAAACGCGGACGCCAGCAGCAGCCGUGACUCAGAGAUGUCCUUGUCCCAAAAGACGCCUUCAGCGGCCCAGAGAACCUCCUCCCCACGGGAUGCCAGCGAAGGUGACUCCUGCGACAUGUCCUCUCUUGGAGGGACCAGCUCGGGGGUGACCUCCCUCCCACCUGCCAAGGAGCCCCUGAGGCCCUGCGGGGCACCGCUGCUGGCCACCCCAGACUCGGAUGACUCGGAGCGAUCCACAGCGCCGGAGGCAUGGGCCCCGAGGUCCCUCCAGGGUCAACAGAGAAAGCUGCCCAAGCUGAGUGUGACCUUCAACAAGGAAUCUCCAGUGCCCGAGAGGAGCUGGCGCCUCAGACCCUACCUGGGCUAUGACUGGAUUGCAGGGUCCCUGGACAACCGCUCGCCCAUCAGCAGCAAGCCCGAGGCCUUCUUCUCGGAGCUGCAGGCGUUCCGGGAGGCCAACAAGGAGGAGUGUAUGCACAGGGAGCCCGAACCCCAGCUCCCAGGCCGGCGGGGGAGCGACAGCGGCCCGGAGGACCACGAAUGCGUGUUCUGUUACCGUGUCAACCGGCGUCUGUUCCUGGUGCCCUCGGACCCCGGCGCCCCCUGCCGCCUGUGCAGGACACCCCGGGACCAGCGGGGCCCUAAGACGCUGGCAGACCCAGCGCAGGUCCGGGUGAGCAUCCCACAGUCCGUCCUGGACCCGCCCCACCGCUACCGCAUCCACCGGCGGAAGAGCCUCGACGCCUCCGACACGCUGGCCCUGCCCCGGCACUGUCUGCUGGGCUGGGAUAUUCUCCCUCCAAAGUCCGAGAAAAGCUCCGGCCCCCAGAGCCUGGACCUCUGGUCCUGUGUCACCGCCAAGGCCCAGCACCAGCAGCGGUCCCCCGGCCCUUCCCACCCGGCCCAACCAGCGCGGGUCCCGUCCCCCACCCCGAUCUGGUCCGAACCUCAGGCGCCCCAGCCCCGCCCGCGCACCCUGGAGGACAACCUGAGGGCCGGCCCCUUUGAGGACAUCGCCUCCGGCCUCUUCCCUCGGGCAGGAGCGCCCGUGAGGGGGGAGCCCUGCCCGGCCUCAGCCAGAGGUGGACUCAGGCCCUGCCCUCCCCGGUGGGGCCGGUGGGUGGGCCCAGGCCUGUCUCCUUCCUGGGCUCAGAAGGGGUGA